UACAGCCUCAUGUGUGUGAACUGCACGCCGCCGCCUCAGCCAUGCACUGUGUCAGCGUCCCGCUCGCUACCAUUGGGAACCAGCAGCAGCCGCUGCAGCUCUCGCCCCUGAAGGGGCUCAGCCUAGCCGAUAAGGAGAACACGCCAACCGCUCUCAACCGCACCCGCGUGCUGGCCAGCAAGGCGGCCCAGAGGAUCUUCCAGGAGGCGGCGGAGUCCGUGGAGCCGAAAACUAAGGUGUCUGCCCUCAGCGGGCAGGAUGAACCACUACUGAGAGAAAACCCCCGCCGCUUUGUCGUCUUUCCUAUCGAAUACCAUGAUAUCUGGCAGAUGUAUAAGAAAGCGGAGGCUUCCUUUUGGACAGCUGAGGAGGUGGAUCUUUCCAAGGACAUCCAGCAUUGGGAAGCCCUGAAGCCUGACGAGAAAUAUUUUAUAUCUCACGUUCUGGCUUUCUUUGCAGCGAGUGAUGGCAUAGUAAAUGAAAACCUGGUGGAGCGGUUUAGCCAAGAAGUUCAGAUUACAGAAGCCCGCUGUUUCUAUGGCUUCCAAAUUGCCAUGGAAAACAUACAUUCUGAGAUGUAUAGUCUCCUCAUUGACACUUACAUCAAAGAUUCCAAGGAAAGGGAGUUUCUCUUCAAUGCCAUUGAGACGAUGUCUUGUGUAAAGAGGAAGGCAGAUUGGGCCUUGCGUUGGAUUGGGGACGAAGAAGCUACCUAUGGAGAACGUGUUGUAGCUUUUGCCGCAGUAGAAAGAAUCUUCUUUUCUGGUUCUUUUGCAUCAAUAUUCUGGUUGAUAUUGCUCAAGAAAGGAGGACUGAUGCCUGGCCUCACAUUUUCCAACGAACUUAUUAGCAGAGAUGAGGGUUUACAUUGCGACUUUGCCUGCCUGAUGUUCAAACACCUGCUACACAAACCUUCGGAGCAGAGAGUCAAAGAAAUAAUUGUCAAUGCUGUUAGGAUAGAACAGGAGUUCCUCACGGAGGCACUGCCGGUGAAGCUCAUUGGGAUGAACUGCGGUUUAAUGAAGCAGUACAUUGAAUUCGUGGCGGACAGACUUAUGCUGGAGCUGGGUUUUAGCAAGAUUUUCAGAGUAGAAAACCCGUUUGACUUCAUAGAGAAUAUUUCACUGGAAGGGAAGACUAACUUCUUUGAAAAGAGAGUAGGCGAGUAUCAGAGAAUGGGAGUGAUGUCAAGUCCAACAGAGAAUUCUUUUACCUUAGAUGCUGACUUCUAAAUGAACUGAAGAAAUUGCUGUACCUGAAGCGGUGUGUGACAUGGAGUAUUGUCAUGAGGGAGGAUGAAGUAAAGACACGAAAGAGGACUUCCGGAACUGCUUCGGAGAGUGGCAAGCACGAUGGGAUGUGUGUGUUUGAGGCGAGGGGGCAUGUUUUGGGGGAGAUUGAUGGCAAUGUGUCUUUUACUGUAAUAAAUUUUUUUUUAUUUAAACAUUCACCGUGUUUUUUGAUGACACCCCGUAUUCUAUUGACCACUAAUUGGAGCCAACUCAAAGUUGAUCAGGUAACCAAAGUAAGAUAACCUGUGUAAUCUAACCAUGUUAAUUUAUAUUCUUUGUUUUCUUUAAUGAAAUGCCUGUUCGUCAACUUUAUAAAUUCAAUCCUGUACGUACCUAAAUAUUAGCCUUUUGGUGCCACGUAAAUGGGUUGUAUUGUGUAUUCUGUAGCCCAGGUUGAGUUUCAUGGGAUAAGAGAUAAAGGGGAAGGAGCUCUUAUCUUAAAUCAUUAGGAAUUGAAGUGUGAUCUGGGCUGAAAAUUGGUAAUCUGGGUGAGUGAGCAUCAGUUUGUCAUUUUAUUUCUCAAAGUGUAUUUUGCCCAAAUGCAAGUUAGUAUGAGAGAUUCAUGGCUGGGAUCUAAGAUAGUACUGGCAAUUGGUUUUCAAAUCAUCCUUGAACAAAAUGACCCAGCUGAGAUUUUGCUCCUGGUUAAAGUGGUAAAACCAGGACUGGAAUUGGCUCUCUGAAAAUUGUUCUGAAUUCAAUUUGUGUGUGAACAGGUACCAUGGACUUUUAGUCCAUUUAUGUUUACUAGCUGUGUUUUAAGUUGGAAAAUAUUUUUUUAAUUUGUCUUUUUAGACUAUAUCUGUAGUUUAUACUUUGAAAUAAUUACCCAGUCUUAUCUUUCAGAUCGUAACUGAGUAUAUAUUGUUCAAUGCAGUUACUUCUGGUGCUAAUACCUAACUAACUCUGAGGGCCACCUGCUGAUUUAGGAAAACAGUUUUGCAUGAGUUUCUAAUACAUGUGCCAUUCAGAUAUUUCAGAAGCAAGUGUAAACUAAUAGACACAUAUAUCAAUCCUUUGGCCACAUUUGUUAACACAGGUUGUGUGUUGGCUGACCACUGGCCUGUUCUAUUGUCAGUUUUCUUCAUUUAUUGUGUCAAUGGUCCAAUGGUCCAUUAAAAAACUGUAAU